AUGAGCCAAGCCACCGCCUUCCGGCAUGGACAGCGGCCCAGCAGCCCCAGCAAGGUGCUGCUGGCCUCCAACGCCCAGCCCGAUAGCCCCAGCGAUGAAGCUUGGCUGGAGGGGGAGCGGGCGGCGCUGGACUCCGCCCUUGCCCGGGCCGACACCGCGGCCACCCAGAAGCACGAGGCCCGCAUCCAGGAGCUGACGGAGAAGCUGAGCCGCACGCAGGAGACGUACGGCAACCUGGUGGCGGCGCAUGAGGAGUAUGUCAAGAGCGCCAAGAAGGUGUCGGCGGCGGAGCGCAAGCUGCAGGACCAUGAGGCGGCGGCGGCCGGCGGCAAGCAGGGCGGCAGCAAGGCGGGCAGGGUGGACAAGGCGGUGAUGAGGAGCGUCAAGGAUGAGCUGCGCCUGGCCACCGAGUACAUGGGGGCAGCCGCAUCCCGCGUGGAGCAGAUGGAGCAGGUGUGCGACCUGCUCAUGGGGCGCAUGACCGAGCUGGAGAACGAGGGCGGGGCGCUGAGGAUGGAGCGCAACAGCCUGGCGCACGACCUGGCGGCACAGCAGGAGAUCAGCCGGGAGAAGGAGGCGGCGCUGGCGGAUGCGCUGCAGCUGGCCAAGCGGGGCACCCCGGAGGGCAACAGCGCCAAGAGGCGCCUGCCCGAGCUGAUGGGCAUGCUGAGGUGGGGUGGUGGGCAUGCGGCCCUGGUGGCUGACAAGGAGCAGGAGCUGGCUCGCGUCCAGGCCGAGAAGAAUGCGUCUCUGGAGAGCCUGGUGCGCGCCACCGCCUCUGCCACCGCAGAGGCCGGCAAGCUGAAUGAGCAGCACGAGACUACAAAGGCGGCCCUGCACGCCUCCCAGCAGCAGGCCCAGCAGCUGCAGGGCGAGCUGUCCAGCCUGCAGGCCGAGUUUGCUGCCGCGUGCAGCGCGCAGGCGGCGCUGGUCACCGAGAGGAGCAACCUAGAGAAGCGGCUGGCCAUUGAAAGCAACAUCCGCGCACAGCUGAAGAGCGACGUGGCGGCCAAGGAGGCGGCGGCCGCCUCCCUGCAGGCUGAGCUGGCUGCGCUCGGCGCCAAGUCUGAGGCCGACGCCUCGCUGGCGCGCUCCGAGGCAGUCUUCGCCCAGCGGCGCUGCUCCGAGCUGCAGCUCGAGCAGGAGCAGCUGGCGGGCGCCAAGGCGGCGCUGGAGGAGCAGCUGGCAGCGCGGGAGGUCGCCGCUGCCGAGAUGGGCGCUACCGUGGCGGCCAUGCAGGCUGACAUUGCGCGCCUGGAGGCGAUGAAUGCGGAGCUCAAGGCAGCGAUGGAUGUCAAGGUGGCCGAGCUGGAUGCUGAGGUGGCCAGCCUGACCUCUGAGCGCGAGCUGCUGGAGCGCGAGGCCGACCAGAUGUCUCGCAACAUGGAGGAGGUGGCGCGCCAGCUGCAGAUCCGGGAGGAGGAGUUCCGGGCGCAGGCCAAGGCCGGCACGCCGCGUGGCGAGGGCGCCAAGAUUGUGGCUCGCCUGGCCUUCAACAAGAUCAAGGAGCUGCAGGGCGCAUUGGGCGACUACCGCAGGCAGGCGGAGGCCAGGUCAGCCAGCGUGGCGGGGCUGGAGGCGGCCAUUGUGGGGCUGGAGGCAGCCGCCCGCCAGCGGGACGCUGCGAUGCAGGAGGCUGAGGACAAGCUUGCCGAGGCGGAGGCAGAGGCGGCCCGCAUAAAGGGUGAGCUGGAGGCGGCGCUGCGUGACGCCACCGACCGCUGCUCCACCCUGGAGGCCGACAGCGUGGCUGCCACGGUGCGGCUGGCGGCCCUGGAGGCGGAGCUGCAGCGCGGCAGGGAGGAGGCCGAGGGGCAGGCGGCGGGCCUGGCGGCUCAGGUGGAAAGGCUGGAGAACGAGCUUGCUGCGGCGGGCAGCGAGCGUGCCGCGCUGGAGGGGCAGCUGGAGGCGGCGGGCCGGGACGCGGCGGCGCUGUCCUCUGAUGUAGCCGUCAAGGGGCAGCAGCUGGAGGCGCUUCGCCAGGAAAUGGCGGCGGCCCGCGCCGAGGCAGAGGCCAAGGCCAAGGAGACCCAGGAUGCUCUGCAGCAGGCGGCGGAGGAGCGUGACGCGAUUGUGGGCGAGAAAGACGCGGCUGUGGCGCAGGCUGCAGAGCUGCAGGGGCGCGUGGAGGCGCUGCGGCAGGAGGUGGUGGAGGCGCGCGGCGUGGGCACCCCCCACGGCGAGGCCGCCAAGACUGUGAGCCGGCUGGCGCUGGAGAAGAUCCGCAAGAUGCAGCUGGAGGAGGAGGAGGCGGCGGCAGGCGCACAGAAGCAGCUGGCUGACAUGCAGGCAUCGCUGGAGGAGUUGCAGGCGGCGCUGGAUGGCAAGACCGCCGAGCUGGCAUCCAUCCAGGGCCAGCUGGAGGAGGCCAGCAUCACCGCACAGCGCACCCAGCAAGAGCUUGCGGGCCGGGUGGCUGAGCUGCAGGCAGGCCUGGCGGCGGCAGAAGCUGCCAAGGCUGCCAUGGAGCAGCGGGCGGGCGAGCUGGACGCCCGCCUGCAGCAGCUGGCUGACAGAGCCGCUGCCAAGGAGGCUGAGCUGGCUGCCAGCAUGGCGCAGCAGGUUGCCGAGCUGGAGGCGGCCCAUGCGGCCAGGGAGGCUAGCGCGCGCGAGGUGGCUGGCGUCAACAUGAGGCUGGAGAUUUCGCAGCAGGAGGCAGCCGCCAAGGUUGAGUCUCUUCAGGCGCAGGUGGAUGCGCUCGCCGCCGACAAGGAGGCCGCCGUGGAGGCUCGCACCCAGGCUGAGAGCCGGCUGGCUGCGCUGGAGGCGGAGCUGGCUGGCGCCUGCAGCGAGCUGGACGCCGCCAAGCACACCGGCACGCCCAAGGGCGAGGCGGCCAAGGAGGUCAGCAGGCUUGCCUUCCAGCGCAUCCGCGAGCUGCAGGACGCUGUGGAGGACUCCAAGCUGGAGAUCUCUGCCAGGGAGGCGCGCCUGGCGCAGCUGGAGGGCCAGGUGGCUUCCCUGGAGGACAGGGCUGCUGGCGCACAGGCCGCGGAGGCGGAGCAGCGCCGCCUGCAGGCUUCCUGCGAGGAGCUGCAGCGCAGCGUGGAGCAGUACCGCGACUCAGAUGUGCAGCUGCAGCUGGCCAUCACCAGCCUGACCGACCAGCGCAAGUCGCUGCACUCAGAGGUGACCCGCCUGAGCGGCGAGGUGGAGUCGCUGCAGAGCUCGCUGGGCAUCGUGCGCCACGAGGCCAACAGCGCCAGCAAGGCGCUGGAGGAGGCGCAGGCGGAGCGCGGCGAGCUGCACGCAGCGCUGGCAGCCAUGCAGGCGCAGCGCGGCGAGCUGCAGCAGGGCAGGGCGGCGGCCGAGGCGCAGGCGGCCGAGAUGGGCGCCGCCGCCGAGGAGCUGCGUGCCAGCCUGGCCUCUACAGCUGCCCAGCUGGAGGAGCUGAGGGCGGAGUUUGGAGCCGAGCGGGCCGCCAGCCAGGCAGAGGCACGCGACCUGCAGCAGCGGGUGGCGGGCGCGGAGGCUGAGCGGGAGCGCCUGCAGGCGGCUCACGCGGCUGCGGCCGCAGACGUGGAGCGGCUUUCGAUCGAGCUUGCCGAAACCAAGAUGUCUGGCACACCGCAGGGCAAUGCCGCCAAGCAGACGGUCCAGCUGGCCUUCGGCAAGAUCUGGGGGCUGCAGCUGGAGCUGGAGGAGAGGUGUGGGGAGGUGAAGAGCCUGGAGGCCCAGCUGGAUGCGCAGCAGGACAUUGCCGCCCAGCUGUCGGCCGAGCUGGAAGGGAAGGUGGCGGAGCUGAGCAAGGAGCGCGCUGCGCUGGCAGAGGCCGGCGCCGCCCGCCAGCAGCUGGAGGCUGAGCUGGCCGCCGUGCGGCAGCAGCUGGCCGAGCAGGCUGAGGCCGCCAGCCAGCUGCGGGCGCAGAAGGCAGAGGUGGAGGCGUCGCUGCAGCGGGCGACGGCAGACGCAGAGGGCGGCGCCAAGGAGGCUGCCGCCAAGGUGGCGGAGCUGGAGGCGGCCAAGGCGGCGCUGGCUGCCGACCUGGCUGUCGCCACCAAGGGCGCCGCCGCCGCGCAGUCGCGCGUGGCGGCGCUGGAGGGGGAGCUGCAGGCGGCGCAGGCGGCCUUUGAGCAGCGCCUGGCUGACACGGCGGUGCAGGGCACCAACUGGCAGGCCAGCAAGUUCCAGCUGGAGCGCCGCGUGGCGCAGCUGCGGGAGCAGGCCGAGGGCGAGGCGGCCGCACGCAAGUCGGUCGAGGCGGAGAAGCAGGCGGCGCAGGAGGAGGUGGCGCGCCUCGACUCCAAGGUGGGCGAGCUAAGCGAGGAGGUGGAGAGCCUGCGCGACACCGUGGCGCACCUGGGGGAGUCGCUGGCCAGCGCCCUGGCCAACGGCACCAGCAGCGCCGCGGCAGAGGAGAAGAGCGAGACGGAGUGGCUGGGCAUGAUUGCCGAGGCGCGCUGCGAGCGGGACGCCAUGGCGGCCGCCAAGGCGGAGGCCGAGCACCGCGCCGACCAGCUGACACGCCAGCUGUCGGCUGCUGUGGCUGACCUGGAGGCCGCCAAGAUGCAGGGCACCCCCGGCGGCGCCGCCGCCAAGCAGGUGGCCAAGCUGUCCAUGCAGAAGCUGCGUGACCUGCAGCAGCAGCUGCAGAGCGCCGAGGAGAGGGCCAGCUGCGCCGACAGGCAGUCUGGCGAGCUGAGCGCCAGCCUGGGGGCGGCCCAGUCCAAGCUGGCUGCCGCCACGGCAGAGGCGGCGGCGCGCUCCGCCGAGACGGCGGGCCUGGCUGCGCGGCUGCGCCAGCAGACCGCCGACAUGAAGGCGCUGCAGAGCAGGGUGCAGGAGGAGGAGGAGGGGCGGCGCACCGCCACCACUCAGGUCAUGGCUCUGGAGGAGGCGCUGGCGGCGGCCCGUGGCGAGGCGGCGGCGCUGACGCAGCUGCGCACGACGGCGGAGCGCGAGGCGGCGGCGCGCCUGUCACCCCUGCAGGCGCGUGCCUCGCUGGCGCCGAUGGCGCUGCUGCUGCCGCUGCUGCAGCUCCUGUACUUCUCAAUCCGCCUGCUGGCCCGGCUCGCCAGCAGGCUGCAACGCCUGGCGUUCCAUUGA